AUGGACGACGUCGGCCUCGACCGCAAGCUGGUCAUCAUUGGCCCCACAGACGUGGGCAAGACGUCCAUUACCAUGCGCUAUUGCCACGGCAGCUUCUCCACGCCCACGUCCGCUACAAUUGGCGCGUCGUUUCUACAGAAACGGGUCAUUGUCAACGACGCGGAGAAAGGCGCGGCCAGCGACGCGCGCCGGAAAUUGACGCUCCAGAUUUGGGACACGGCUGGUCAAGAGCGGUUUCGGUCCAUGGCGCCGCUGUACUAUCGGAAUGCCAAGGCGGCGAUCCUCGUGUUUGAUCUGCAGAGUGAAGCGAGUUUCGAGAAGAUUCAAGAGUGGCUGCAAGAUUUGCAGCAUUACGUGGACGAUGAUAUUGUGCUGGCUGUCGUGGGUAACAAGAGCGACGUGCCGUCGACGUUUGACUUUCGUAAAGCGCAAAUGUUUGCAGACAAGAUUGGAGCUCGAGUGUUUCGCACAAGUGCCAAGACGGGGGAAGGCGUGCAGGCACUUUUUGAGAGUUUAGCAGUGCAGCUGCUGAAGAAACACGAUCAGGAGCAGCGGACACGAGGUCACAAUGCAUCGAGAGCAGGAAACGCGGCAGGCACGAGCUUAUACAGUUACGACAGCCAAAACUCGGUCAUUCUAGGUCAAGCACACGCUAAUGGCAACAAGUCGUCCAAAGGUGGCUGCUGUUAG